AGUUUUUUUCAAUAAUUAGGCCAGCCAGCGAGUUUGUUGCCUAAGUCAUUUGUAUCAUGCACUGACGAAAUAUUUCAAUUAAAUUUACGUAACUAGCACUCGUCUCGACUCGCGUCGGCUCGCUUUGUUUGGUUUGGUUUCGACUCGUCUUGAUUUAAUUUACUCACACGACCGGGCAUGGCACUGGCCAACUUCUCACUUCCGUUUGGAGCGCUCGCUCAGCCGUGGAGCGCCACUUUGGCCCCACUGCAUCCCAUACAUCAGUUGGCCAGCAAUACAAAUAAUUUGCUAUACUCGCCCGCCGAUCAUCAGCAGCCGCAGACACCCUCCGAUGCGGCUCCACUGAACUCCGAUUACUAUAAAAAUAAUCCCUAUGGCACUCCGGCACUGCACCAGCAGCAGGAUCCACAGCAACAACAGCAGCAACAGCAACAACUGCAGCCUGGUUAUCCUUAUGGUGGUAGCAGACGCAAACAGGGCAGCGCCUAUUUGCCACCGACGGGUGGAGGAGCCGUCCGUAACUCGGUGUACCACAUUCAGCAGCAGCAGACGCAGCAAAGCCAACAACACACACAGCAAACCCAAGUGGAGGCCAAUGAGAAUACCGUCUCCUUUCACAGCUCCAGUGCGAGCAGCUCCGGCCAGAGCCAGGGCACACUCCAGCUGACCCAAUCCGCUGGAAGAGGCCCUGCCGAGGGCUCCUACACUCGCUAUCCCGGUCAGGCACCGCCUCCUCCUUCCGCCGUGAAGCAGCAAAAGCAAUACUACAAUGCUCAUGGCAGCGCCAGUGCGAGUGCCACAUUCACUAAGAACAGCGGCAGCUUUAGUAUUACGGGUUAUGGCAGCAGGCAGCCACCACAUCAGCAACAGCAACCGCAACAAACACAGCUACCACAGCUACCAGAUCAACAACAGCAGCCACCGCCACCACCACCAGCGCCUCAGGCAUCCUCACAGUCGCAACGUGGCAGGCAACAAGGCGGAAGUAAGACGGAGACGCCAGCCUCUACCUACGGCGUUGCACCGCCAGAUAAUUAUCCGGAACGUGGGCCGGGCUUUACGCGUGUCCAGGCGGGUCAAGGGUCAAGGACUCAAGUGCACGCCGUGCUCGAUUACGAUGUCGAGGAAGGAGAGGAGGAGGAUGAGGACGACGAUGGCGAAUACUACGAGGCGGAUGCUCAUGAUAAAGACAAGACAAAGACCAACAGCCAGAUGCCCACUGUAACACCUAUACAGGGUCCAAUCUAUCUGAAGAACGGCAGUGUGCCGGUUGUGCCGUUGUUUUCCUAUCCAAAAUCAAAUAAUGGCUCAUUCUUGCAGAUUCCGAUCUGGUGGACGGCGUUGUCGGUGGCACUCGGCCUGGAUGUACGAGGGGAUGUGAUCAAGGGCGUGCCCUGCAUUAAGAGAUAUCAUCAGCUGUUCUGCCCCACGGCAGGAAAUAGCUAUCCCAUUGACAAGAUCGAGAGAUUCAUUGACGACAACAAGGCAUUGAUGCGUCGCAUGUACGGUGACUUUGAGAUGAACAUGGAGGGCGGCGGAGGGCAGGCGAAAGUGCGGAAGCGACGAUUUAUUGACGAGCCGGACAUAUUCAUACCGCCGGGCGCGUAUGCAGCGACAGCGGGCGAGGCGGGGGAUAGUUACUUCGGGGAGCUACGGAAGAAGCGGCAGGCGGCAGCGGGCGGUGCAAGCAACCGGAAUAGAGGAGGCGCUGGAGGCACCAGCAGAGCCAACAAUACGCCGGGCAAUGCCAAUGGAAACUCCGGCACAGGGCGACUCGAUGCGUGUGAAUCGAAAAUCGAAAUCGUAACUCCCUAUUGGGCCUCGAAUUCAGCUGGCAAAAUUCGAGCGAUUGUCAAUACGCAGCACUUUGAGCAGGCGAUCCAUCAGGAAGUCUGCAGCAAUACCCAAACUCCGCGCUGCGAGGGCGAAUGUGGCUGCGAGCAGAAAUAUAAAUGGCAUCGAUUACUCGCCUAUGAUCCCGAUAACGAUUGCAAGGGCAUUUUUAUGGAUUGGUUCCUGUUUCCUUCAUGCUGUGUUUGUAGAUGUAAUCCCUAGGCAUUUCCCAAAACUAACAAAGCGAUGGAGAAUAUGAUAAAGAGAAAGUGAAUAAGAAAAGAAAUUGAUAUCGAUAUCGAUAGCAGUAACGAUAAAGAUUUUUAGAUACACUUACGUAGAAUGCCACUGAAUGUAUUUUAGUUGUUCUUAAGAUAGACCCUAACAUUUAAGUUACUCGUUAGCUCGUAACUCUAGUUAAGUCCAAAUUUAAGUUUUAACUUUUAUACGAGCCAUAUCCCAUCUAUCCAUAUCGUAUGCUAUAUUUCAGCCUUCAUUUGUUAUUGUAUUGUAAUUGUAAUUGUAAAGCGACUCAACCGAAUAAAGAUUAUAAUAAUGUGCAAAA